UUUCACCUAAUAUAAAAAUACAUUUUUAUAUUAGAUGAAUAUUAUUGAUAUUGCUGAUAGUGAACUCUCACAGCAGAAAUUUGAAAUUAAUAUAUGAUGACUUAUCAUGUUUAGACGCACAAUACAAAAAAUAUAUGUGAUAAAUUAUAUACCGAUUUACGCGCGAUUUAAAUAGUGAAAAAUAGAUAAUUGUGUUAACAAAAUCCGCAAUAUUUUAACAUACUUUUAACGCAAACAAUCUAUGUAUACAGAACAAAAGCAUACAAAUUCUGUGUAAUAAAUAAAAGAAAUAUACAAUGUAAAAAGGGAAAAAAUACAUAUAUAUAACGAGCAGCCCUAUACUUUCCUAUACACCUAUAUUUAUUGGUGGCAACUGUUAACUGAAUUUUGUAAAGUGCAUAUGCGCUUAUUAUCUAUAGUAAACGUAACGUAUUAUAAGUAAAUGAGUGUAUAUGCACUUUACAGAAUCCAGCCAUUACAUUUUUUCCAUUAAUAUAAAUGCUAGACCAAAAAAUUCUAGGAUCGAGUCCAAGAAAGACAGUGCCGGUCCUGAGUGCUGGUUGUGGAAACAUGUGUAAAAGAUAAAAGAAAUAUAUACUGUAACUUUUAUCUUUGUCCCUUCCACUUUCUGAAGCAUUUGAUCAUUCCCAGUCUAUGGCUGUCCAUAGGUUACGCUAAACCUCUUGCGUCAGUAGAAUAGAAUAUCAAUCGAUUCAUUAAGAAAAAUACAAACUGCAAAUUGUUUUUGUAUUAUAUUUGUGUUUAUUAUAUAUAUUUUUGUCGCAUAAAUAAUAGUUACGAUAAAGGAUUUUCUUACCGAGAUUAUUUUAAUAAUUUUGAAAAACGUAACUAUUAGUUUGACGUUGAGAAUGUUAGUACCAAACGUGCAAGCAAUUUUAAAGGAUAUACUCAAAGAUAUGAGAAUUUUUCUCUUCAACGGGUUUCUUUUACUGGGCUUCGUCGUAGCCACAGUACCGGAUGUUCUGGUGCUGGGUUCAUCAAAAUGCGCGGAAACAAUGGACCAGAAUCCGCUUCCGAAUACGUGCUGCUACAACAGAGUUAAUUCGGUAUUGGAAGCCCGAUGCUCCCAAUUGUACGAAAUCCCGUUAGAUUUGAAUCCGGACAUACAGGUGUUGAAUAUUACCAAGAGUAAAAUUCUAAGAUUGAGUAAUGCCAGUCUGCGUUCUUACAAGAAACUGGCCUUCAUCUAUCUACCUGAGAAUAUCAUCCGUUUAAUCGAAGAAACAGCUUUUGCCAAUCAACUUUACUUGGAGGUGCUGGAUCUGUCGCAAAAUCUUUGCUACACUCUCCCCAAAAGUCUCUUCCAAUUGCCACAUUUUCGCACGCUCUAUCUCGGCAAUAACAGACUUACCGAUUUAGUGUUCGAGAUGAAGGUCACCUCGCCUCUCAGACUGCUGGAGCUGAGCGAGAAUUUGCUCACCGUGAUCCCGAACAUAGGCAUCCAGCCGACCCUCCUUAAUCUCAACGUGUCCUACAACAGAAUCACCUCGAUCAGCACCGAGGAUCUGGCGCCCUACUGCUCGCUGAAAGAGCUCGAUCUGACCGGAAAUAGAAUCAGAUUCAACGCGAGCAGCUGCGAUUGUCAGAGGUUCAACGCCUGGGUGAAGCUACGACAGAUCAAGAUAAAGCCCGAUCUCUACAAAUGCAUCGAUCCACCAGCAGCUCUAAACAAGGACUGCGCCAAAGUGAAAUUCAGCUAUUGGACGUACGAACUGUUCAACGAGUGUUUGGCCAUGAUACAGCAGAAGAUGGAGCCCGAGACACCUCGAUCGGUAUGGAUAAACGUCGCUCCGUGCGUUUUGGUGUUCCUCUUUGUGGUGUUUGUGGCGUUGUUUUGCUUGCACAAGCGGUACCGUAGGCGGCACAUGGAACAGGAUGAGCAGCUAACAGUGAUCUACGACAACACCAAACCAUCCAACAGCAACCUGACGAUGAUUAGUGAAAUAAUCUAAUCGAUGAUAGAACGUAGAAUCCUGUUAAAAGAGCUGUUUCUGGCGUCGACAAUAUGCGAGAGUAGAAUUUUUGCGAGAAUAGAAUUUUACGAGUAGGGUUACAUACUCUUAGAUUAUUUAC